AUGGGGUGGAUACGCCUAGUGCGGCGGAUGCUGAAAGGGCAUGCCGCUGCGGAUUCCAGUUACUUGUACCGCAUGCGCGAUCGCGAGGAUGUAAAGCUGCAAAGUGCACUGGAAUGCACGCGGUCGGGCCCGUCGUCGUUUCCGACCGCCUUCAUAGCGGACGCGAAAAGCGGCAAAACCUUAUUCGACCUACGCACGGUGCUAGCGUCGAAUAGCUGCGAUCAACCGCCGUACCGACACGUACACGCGCCAAGCUGCGGUACCCGGUUGUGCCCACCAGCUGGGGAGCUGCGCUGGACCUGGGUUGAGUCUGAGAGGCGUCCGCGAGCGAGACGAAGCAAUCUUGCAAACUCAGGCUGCGCAGGAACGAAUAAGGGGGCACCGCGGAUGGCCGCUGAUAUGGUGCCGUUUAGAGACGCGCCUUACGAUGAGAAACACCACAACGAGAACGCUGUGCGGCCCGGCAUGCGCCUCGUCACAGUGAACCGUCUGGGUUAUACCGUUACCCGGAAGGGGAUACUCUCCGUUUACUUGGCGUCGCACACCAAGCAGCGGUCACCGCCGUCAAGAUCGGCAAGGUUUACGAUAGGGCACCAGAUACGUGAGAGGACGACGCUUGAACACCGCUGUUCGCGCCCAGUUCUGGCGGGCCGCACCUUGGUUUCUGUCAUCACAGCGCUUGAGAGGUUGCUGUGUUUCGCAUUGAGAACUGGCCACUGCUCUCGUCUUGAGCGCUUGGCACCUUCCCAGGCUCCCCCACUUCCAGGGACGGCGGGUGCCCGAACACUACGAAAUAGGCGCAGUGUUUGA